CAGCCUCUAUUACGGCGGAAGCUCUGGGUACAUGAUAUUCAAUUCAGCAUAUGCAUCUGGAGGAAAGAGAUUUAGAUAAUGCAGCCAACUACAUCUCCGCUCCCCUCACCAUCUUCGUCUUCAGCCUCGGAGCACGCCCACAAAACGAAGGGCAGCAGGAGUCGCGUGUCCGCCGAACACACCCUGAACCGAGUUCGCGAGAACCAGCGGCGACAUCGCGCAAGACGGAGGGAUCACAUCGCAACACUCGAACAACGACUCCUAGACGCGGAGACCCAGCUUGCGGAGGCGCAGGCGGAAAUCGCAGCUCUGCGGGCGGAGCGAGAUGGUGGAUCAUGGGGGGUGAUAGCGGCGGGUACCAGGACAAGCGAGUUCGAUGACAUACCGAUGCAGCUACAAGAUGAAGGGAGGGAGAAGGAAGACCCUGAAUUUGAAGACGCGGCGAGAGGAGUGCUGCGAGCACUUGUACAUGGUCGAAAUAAGGAGCAGCAACCAGCACAUGCACAGACACUAACCCUAAUGCCGUUACCCUCACCCUCCUCUAUCACCUCGAGUAGCGAGCACCCUGAUGUCCCGCAGCUGCAGCUUCAAGACAUCGACAUCCCCGAGCCAUCGCUCCUAGGCACGUUAUCUACGAUCGCGACCCUUGAAACUAUUGAGUCCCUCCUUCCUCCCUCAAUCAUCCCCCCGUCUGGUCCCCCACCCUGCUGCCCCGACGAAAACCCUCCCCUAACACCAACAUCCCCCUCCAGCCCUUCUUCCCAGCCCACAUACCUCACUCCAGCAGCAAUAGACCCCGAGUGCCGCUCCUGUAAAACACGUCCCCCACCCUCACCCUCCGAAAGCACCACCCCCUGCAGUCAAGCCUACGUACUCAUCGCGCAGCAGAAUUUCCGGGGUAUCGAUGCGCAGACGAUGAGGACGUGGUUGGUGCAGGGGUUUCGGAGGGCGCCGAGGAAGGGAGAGGGGUGUAGAGUGGAGAAUGGGGCGUUGUUUCGGCUGUUAGAUUAUAUUAGUGGGAUAUAGAGGGGAAUGCAGACGGAGACGGAGAGCAGACGGGACCAUGCAUGUGGAUGUGAAUGAGGAUAUGGGAGAUGAAUGAAGAUAUGGGAUGUGAAUGAGGAUAUGGGAUGUGAAUGAGGAUAUGGGAUGUGAAUGAGGAUGUGGGAUGUGAAUGAGGAUAUGGGAUGUGAAUGAGGAUAUGGGAUUUGAAUGAGGAUAUGGGAUGUGAAUGAGGAUAUGGGAUGUGAAUGAGGAUGUGGAUGUGGGUAUCCGUAUAU